AUGCCCGAGUUCACCGACCCCAUAAUUAUAACGGCGACUUCAAUGUGGGGUUCCAUUAUGAAGGUCGAGUCAUAUAUUGGCAAAUUCACUGGUGACCAACAAGUGGCGAGCAACGGUAGCUCUGUGAAGCUGCACAUGCCAACGAGGGCUAAAAGCUGUUGCCUUGGCGCUAUCGCGCAGAACGUCUUCAGAGCGCCUCUUUCCACCCCUGAGCGCUUGAGCGCCGUAACAGCAAGUAUGUUAAGCGCUCGCCCGAAUGAGCGCCAAGCGCCCAGCAACAACUCCAAUACUGCGUAUCGUAUGCAGGGCGUGGAACGAGCUCCCCUCCGUGAUGCAAGUAUCAGCGUGCUUGCGCGGGCACAGGAUAUUGCAGUCCAGGGAAAAUUGUGCGUCCUGCCCACUUUACGCGAAGCACUGAUUUCCGCAGCUUGCGGGAGGCAAUUCCACGUUGUAUAA